AUGGAAGCUAACCUCAAGCUAUCGACAAAAACUGGUACUCGUCUUCCUGAUGCUUCUAUCUAUCGAAGACUUGUGGGCAGGUUGUUGUAUUUGACACAUACAAGACCUGAUAUCACAUAUGCACUUCAUAAGCUGAGCCAAUACAUGUCUGCUCCUACUGAUGCUCAUCUCCAAACUGCAUUCUGUGUUCUUCGUUAUUUGAAAAAUGAUCCAGGUCAAGGACUCUUUUACCCAACAACAUCUACUCUGAAGCUUACUGCUUACUCGGAUGCAGACUGGGCGGCUUGUCCUGAUUCGCGACAAUCAAUCACUGGUUACUGUGUCUUCCUUGGUGAUUCUUUGAUUUCAUGGCGGUCCAAGAAACAACAAACCGUGUUGAGAAGCAGCUCUGAGGCAGAGUACAGAGCCAUGGCCGAUGCUACUUGUGAACUCAUCUCGUUAACUGUGAUAUUGACUGAGAUGCAUUGCUCUCCCUCUGUUCCCGCGACUCUCUUUUGUGACAAUCAGUCUGCACUUUACAUUGCGUCGAACCCAGUCUAUCAUGAGCGGACGAAACACGUUGAGAUCGAUUGCCAUGUGGUUCGCGAGAAGCUACAUAGUGGAUUUUUGAAGACUCUUCAUGUUCAUUCUGCACUUCAGCUAGCUGACAUUUUAACCAAAACCUGCUCUGUUCAAGUCAUUAAUCAGCAAGAUUGGUAUCCACAGCUUGUGUCUUUCAUCUUGAGGAGGGUAUUAGAGUAUAGGACUGGUUAUAUUGACAGUUAG